GAGCCCGGGGCGCCCCGUGUCGUCCCCGUGUCCCCCCCCCCCCCCAUGCGGGGCCGAGGCUGACGGCGCGGGAGUCGGCGGAGGGGCGUCCUCCCCAGCCACCAUGCUGCAGAACGUGAACCCGCACGGCAAGCUCCCCGGCGAGGGCAACCCGGGGCUCCUGGCCCUGGGCCCCGAGGCGGCGGCCCCCGGCAAGCGCAUCCGGAAGCCGUCGCUGCUGUACGAGGGCUUCGAGAGCCCCACCGUGGCGGCCGUGCCCGCCCUGCACCUGCUGCCGGCCAACCCGCCGCCGCCCGAGGUGUCCAACCCCAAGAAGCCCGGCCGGGUCACCAACCAGCUGCAGUACCUGCACAAGGUGGUCAUGAAGGCCCUGUGGAAGCACCAGUUCGCCUGGCCCUUCCGGCAGCCCGUCGACGCCGUCAAGCUGGGCCUGCCGGACUACCACAAGAUCAUCAAGCAACCGAUGGACAUGGGCACCAUCAAGCGGAGGCUGGAGAACGGCUACUACUGGGAGGCCACCGAGUGCAUGCAGGACUUCAACACCAUGUUCACCAACUGCUACAUCUACAACAAGGGGUCUCUCCUCGCCCGUCUCCCCCAGCCCACGGACGACAUCGUGCUGAUGGCCCAGACCCUGGAGAAGAUCUUCCUGCAGAAGGUGGCCCUGAUGCCCCCCGACGAGCAGGAACUGGUGGUCACCGUCCCCAAGAACAGCCACAAGAAGGGGGCCAAGCUGGCAGCUCUGCAGGGGACCCUGGCGUCCCUCCACCAAGUCCCGGCGGUGUCGUCCAUGUCGCACGCCGCCACGGCCCUGUACCCGCCCCCGCCGGACCUGCCCACCACGGUCCUCAACAUCCCCCACCCCUCGGUCAUCACCUCGCCCCUCCUCAAGUCGCUGCACUCCGCCGGCCCCCCGCUCCUCGCCGUGCCGCCGCCCGCCCAGCCCCUCGCCAAGAAGAAGGGGGUGAAGCGGAAAGCGGACACGACGACGCCCACGCCCACGGCCAUCCUGGCCCCGGAGUCGCCGGCGGGCUCCCCGGCGGCGGGGGGCCCGGAGCCCAAGGCCGCCCGGCCGCCCCCGGCCCGGCGCGAGAGCGGGCGGCCCAUCAAGCCGCCGCGCAAGGACCUGCCCGACUCGCAGCAGCAGCACCAGAGCUCCAAGAAGGGCAAGCUGUCGGAGCAGCUGAAGCACUGCAACGCCAUCCUCAAGGAGCUGCUGUCCAAGAAGCACGCCGCCUACGCCUGGCCCUUCUACAAGCCCGUGGACGCCUCCGCCCUCGGCCUCCACGACUACCACGACAUCAUCAAGCACCCCAUGGACCUCAGCACCGUCAAGCGGAAGAUGGAGAACCGGGACUAUCGAGACGCCCAGGAGUUCGCGGCCGACGUGCGGCUCAUGUUCUCCAACUGCUACAAGUACAACCCUCCCGACCACGACGUGGUGGCCAUGGCCCGCAAGCUACAGGACGUGUUCGAGUUCCGCUACGCCAAGAUGCCGGACGAGCCGCCGGAGGGGACGGCCCCGGGUCCGGGCGGCGGGGGCGGCGGGCCGGGCCCCGGCCCGCCCAAGUCGUCGUCCGACUCGUCCAGCGAGGAGAGCAGCAGCGACAGCUCGUCGGACGACGGGGAGGACGACGAGGACGACGACGACGAGGAGGACGAGGACGACGACGACGAGGACGACGACGACGAGGACGACGAGAGCGAGAGCUCGGACUCCGAGGAGGAGAGGGCCAACCGGCUCGCCGAGCUGCAGGAACAGCUCCGAGCCGUGCACGAGCAGUUGGCCGCCCUGUCGCAGGGGCCCAUCUCCAAGCCCAAGCGCAAGCGGGAGAGGAAGGAGAAGAAGAAGAAGCGGAAGGGGGAGCGGCACCGGGGCCGGGCCGGGGGAGGCGGCGGGGGCGGCCCCGCCGAGGACGCCGCCAAGGGCCCCCGCCCGCCCCGCGCCCCGCAGUCCAAGAAGGCCUCCAAGAAAGGGGGCGGCGGCGGAGGAGGACCCGGGGGGACGGCCGCCGCCCUCGGCUUCGGCCCGCCCGGCGCCACCAAGCCCUCCAAGAAGUCGUCCAAGGCGCCCCUCCUCCCUCCGGGCCCGGGGUCGUCGGGGUCGUCGUCGGGGGCGCCGUCCGGGGCCGGGGCGCCGGGCUACGACUCGGAGGAGGAGGAGGAGAGCCGGCCCAUGAGCUACGACGAGAAGCGGCAGCUGAGCCUGGACAUCAACAAGCUGCCGGGGGAGAAGCUGGGCCGGGUGGUCCACAUCAUCCAGGCCCGGGAGCCCUCCCUCCGGGACUCCAACCCCGAGGAGAUCGAGAUCGACUUCGAGACCCUCAAGCCGUCCACCCUGCGCGAGCUGGAGGGCUACGUCCUGUCCUGCCUGCGCAAGAAGCCCCGCAAGCCCUACAGCGAGUCCGCCGUGAAGAAGCCGGUGGGCAAGUCCAAGGAGGAGCUGGCGCUGGAGAAGAAGCGGGAGCUGGAGAAGCGGCUCCAGGACGUCAGCGGCCAGCUCAACUCCGCCAAGAAGCCCCCCAAGAAAGCGGGCGGCGAGAAGGCGGAGUCGGCCCAGCACCCGGCGGCCUCCCGGCUGAGCGCCUCCAGUUCCAGCUCCGACUCCAGCUCGUCGUCGUCGUCCUCGUCCUCCUCGGACACCAGCGACUCGGACUCGGGCUGAGGGGGGCGGCCCGGCGGGGGAGCGGGCAGGGCCGGGCGGCUCCGCGGGACCGGACCCCCCCGCCCCCCCUGC